AUGUUUACCGAAAUAAGAAUUGUUCAUCCAGGUUUAUAUUGGCAUAAUGGCUUAAAAAAAUGUCUUGUAAAGUAUUUAACUGUAAUUAACCAGCAGGAAAAUGAGUCCAACCAACUUGAUCUAAUUAUAAAUAUAGAUGGAUUACCUAUAAGUAAAUCAUCAAAUAGUCAAUUUUGGCCAAUUUUAGGUAGUAUAUUUAAAACAAAUUAUGUCUUUCAAAUUGGUUUAUAUAAUGGUUACAAUAAAAAGCCAUCUGACAUUCAUCAAUAUUUGGAUGACUUUAUUAGUGAAACUAAUCAAUUAAUCGGUAGUGGCUUAACUUAUAAAGGACAACAAUAUAAUGUUUGUGUAAAAAUUGUUUGUGCUGACGCACCUGCAAAAGCUUACAUUAUGAAUGUCAAACAUCACAGUGGUUAUUCAAGCUGCUCUAAAUGUGAUGUUGAGGGUGAAUAUAUAAGAAAUAGAGUGUGUUUUCCUGAUUUUAUUGGUAAUAAAAGGACUGACAUAGAUUUCUUAGAGCAUAAAGACACUGAUUAUCAUCAAGGUACAAGUCCACUUGAAAAGUUACAGGAUUUUGGACUUGUAAGCAAUGUUCCAUAUGAUUAUUUGCAUUUAGUUAAUUUGGGUGUGUUUAAAAAAUGA